UCUCUCUCUCUCUCUCUCUCUCUACUGUAAACAAACUGAUGGACUUGAAAGGAAAGUGAGGUCUUCAAGUCCUCAAUCUUCUUCUAGGUCCCAAGGGGAGGGAAAAAAGCAGUAGGUGGUGGUCUAUACCUCCCUCUUAAAUCUCUUCUCCCCAUGACUGCUUCUUUCUUCUUCUCCUUAGAUCAUCCAACGCUGCUAAUUAACAGCUCCACCUUCAUGACCUACAAAUCUUCUACAAUACUAUUUCCUUGGUGAGUAAACUUGGGUAGUCGGCACCUUCGGCACAUACAUGAAGGAUCAAAGGGUUGAUGAAGCACCGUGGAUCACUAUGACAUGAUGGCCCCGGCUCGGAACCUCCUCCGGAGACACUGCGAUAGCUAUGGGAGCUUCUUCGAUCAAACAGGACUUCAGCUCUGCGAAAGAUCCGACCUAAUGGCCGAAAAGGCCUCUUCAAACACUGGCAGCAAUGACCAGGAGAGGGCUGCAUCUGGAGAAGCUGCCGGGAGCUACCAAGGAUGGCUUCAGCUUGGCACCGGUGCUUCCCGGGCCGGCGUCGCUCCAGGAGAUCCGGCUGCUGGCACUAGCAGUGGAACGGGCGAGCGGCCGCAACCGCAACCUCCUCCUGGCUUGACGAGGUUGGCACCGUCGCGCCCGACGUUGACGGCAAGUCUUGGCCACCACCCAUGGUGGUUUUGGAGUCCACGUCCAACCGCAAGUGGUGCGACCAUGGCUCCACCGCCAAUGCCGUCACGCUGGGGUAUGCAACCAUCGGAAUUCGUGAGACCAUCUCUAGCAAUCGGCAGCCACAUCAGGGUGGUCAGCCCGCCACCGAGGCCGCAGGCGGGGAUGUGGCUGCUUCUCAAAGCGGCGCAGAAUCAAACAAAGGAACCAUUGCUACCGCAGAUACCCAAGAGCUACUUGAGGAUAAAGGAUGGGACGAUGACUGCGAGGAUACUGUUGAAGUACUUGGCCAAUAAGCUGGGUUUGGAGGAUGGAUCUGAGGUGCAGCUUUCCUGUAGAGGCCAGCAAAUUCCUCCUCCGAUGACACUGCACCAAGUCAGAGACCAAGUAUGGCGUUCUACAGAAGCAACAGUGCUGCUGCCUCCUGAAUCGGCAUCCAUCACUGACCAUCUCAUCACCCUGCAUUACAGCAGAAGUGUAUAGGAAACUCUUUUUCUUUUUCCCUUCUUCUUCUUCUUCUCUGACAUUGUGAUCAUCAUGGCAAAUAGAAGAUUGUUUACCUCAAGUGCAGCAUUAGCCUGGAGAAGUGCAUCAUGCAAGUUCCAGGCAUGCAGGAAUCACUUGUCUACAGUGCAGUGAAAGCCUCAUUGGCUUCUGCAUGCUUCUCCUCCUUCCUACUUCACUGAUUCCAUGUCCUACUGCCUCAUACUUGUCCAACAUACAACUCUCAGUCAUAAGAUUUCAUUCUUUUUGUCAUUCUUUGUUUGUGAUCAUUUCACAAAAGAAUCAGGCAUUGAGGAGCCCAAAAGCUAACU